AAGACCCAAACUGUACUAAGCCUUAUAAAAAAUGGAUGGAAUGGUUUUCUCAGCCGAACAAAAAGCUGCUAGUGUGUUUGGUUUUUCUAACAUGCUGCUUAAGACCUCAAAUAACAGACGUAUGAGAAUAACGGUGUCAUGGCGGCUGCAGUCGGCGUCAAUCAAGGAUUCUGUUUAAUGUUCAUGUUUCUUCUGAAGUAUUUUUUUCUGUUCACCUCCAUCUUUGACUCUGAUUGCAUGUUAUUGGUUGUGCAUCAGGGUUAUAUUCUGGUAUUUGUGUAUAUUUGGAUCAUUUCAGCUCAGAAUGAGAGCCUUUGCUUGCUUUGCUUUGGUGUCUGCUCUGCUUUACUCUGCAGCUCUAUGAUCAUACUAUAGAUCCAGCUGUGGUCUACCUUCCAGCUUGGUGUUCCUACUCUGCAGCAGAGCUCAGAUUUCUGGACAGAAAACCCACUAAUGCCCGAUUUUAUCAAUCAGUCCAGCAUAAAACCACUUUGGAUUUGUCAGAUAUUUGUUGACUGUGGCUCUUGUCAGCUGUUUAUUAACAUGCAACCUGAGUGGUGGACAUGCUGUUUGUAAAGCAUGCAGGAAGAGCAUGCACAGCUUACAGCAGCUGAUUCCACCUCUGUAGGUCUGCCUCACAUGUUCUGGUUAGAAAUAAAGAAUUAGUCUCGUGAAGUUGUGUUUACCCAGUAUCAGUAACUGGUUUGACAUGGCCUGCAGUGCAGUCCUGUAAUGACAUCCUCUCUUCUUGUAGCUUCCAGGUUCCUUUGGAGGAAUAACAGUUGGAUGCAACAUCAGUUCUAAGAGAACAAAUGUAGACCCCUGAAAGAGGAAUGUGGAAGACCUGGUUCUGGUUUGGAACCUCCUGAUUUACAAAGGUUUUUCUAAGAAACCUGUCUCCCAUGCUAAGCUGAGAAAAAACAAGCUAUCUCCCAGUCAAACAUAAGGACAUGAGGCUGCUUUGCACAUUCCCACAUCCCAAAAUACUAACUUGGGCUGCAUGGUGGUUAGCACCGCAACCUCUCCGCAAGAAGAUCGCUGGUUCAAGCCUCAGAUGGGGAGGUGUUAGAUCAGCGGCCUUUCCGUGUGGAGUUUGCAUGUUCUCCUUGUGUAUUCCCUGGUUCUCUCUGGCUUCCUCCCACCUUCCAAAGACAUGCAUGUUACGUUAGAUGUGGGGAAAAGCAGCCUCCUGCUUCGCUUUGCAGACAACUCCUUCUCUGGCAGCUACAUCACCACCAUCGGCGUGGACUUUAAGAUCCGGACGGUGGACAUGGACGGGGAGCGGGUGAAGCUGCAGAUUUGGGACACAGCGGGGCAGGAGAGGUUCAGAACCAUCACCUCAACGUACUACAGAAACACUCACGGAGUCAUUAUUGUUUACGAUGUGACCAAUCCAGAGUCCUUUGUGAAUGUGAAGAGGUGGUUAAAUGAAAUCUCCCAGAACUGUGACAACGUCUGCAAGAUCCUGGUGGGAAACAAGAAUGAUGAUCCCUCCAGGAAAAAGGUGGAUACCCAGGACGCUGUGCAGUUUGGGGAGUCGGUGGGUGUUCGCGUCUUCGAGACGAGUGCCAAAGAGAACAUAAACGUAGAAGAGAUGUUCAUGGCCUUCACUCGCAUGGUGCUCCGGGCCAAGAAGCAGAGCCAGAACCGAGCCGAGAGGGAACGGGACCGGGAGAAGGACACCGUCAACAUCAACGCUCAGAGAGACCGUGACCGCAGGAAGAGAGGGAAGAAAUGCUGCUGAGACUAAAACAGACGAGUGUAGAAGUCAUCUGUUCAUUAUUCACUGUACAGAGUUAACUGAGGGAAUGAUGGUCUGCCAGCACUGACUGCAUGUAGCAGCCUGGAGAAGUUAAAGGAUCAUUCUGCUGUUGCAACCCCUGCUGCAUAGGUCAUCAUCAUCACCAUCUUCAUUAGAACUCACCUCCCAGGUUACUAUGAAAUGUGCCGGGCUGCUGAUGAAAGCAUCACAGUCACAUCCAACUUUGAUUUCAUUCAGAUGAAAGCAGAAAAAUAACUGCGGAGGAUCGUUUGACAGGUUGUGAAAACUGAUGAUCCGUCAUACAUCCAGCUGCCUCUUUUGUACCAAAUCUGCCUUUUUCUUAAGUCUGCCAGCUUUGAUCCGUGAUAGAUGGAUUCAAACCUGAUGACACCUUGCUAAAUGACUGAGUUAUUGGUGUUUGCUGAGCCCUUUAACAUUAUGGUUUAAUUCAGUUUAUUUUUGGUUCAUUUAACAGGAAACUAGUUAAGAACAGUUAAUGACCUGCUGUAGUGUUUUUUUAGUUUGGAGGUUUCACUGAUAAUCUGACUUUGAUUAUCUGUGCAGCUUAAUAAUGCUUCUGCCUCCUUGUACUGAUAGUUCAAGUGAACAAAAUUAAAACUUUUAUCAAAGCAGAAAUGUAAAAAAAAACCAGAAUGUUCCUUUACUUUACUCUAGAAACUGUUUUUUUUAAUAGAGAACAAGUAUUUAACCACUGAAAGGGAACUGUUUGAUACUAAACUGUAACCCAUGUGUGAUGAGUUCAGUCCAAAUGUGUCUGCCUUAUUUUAGUCUAAAUGAGGCCAGUAAUCAGAUUACAGUGAGCCUAAAUGUUUGUUAAUGCAAUUCUGUUGCAAAUGUGUCCAAAUCCAAAUAAAGCAAUAAAUCCA